GUUUGUUGAUGUGCGCAGCUGCUUGGUUACAGCGCGCGAGGCGACACUCCCUCACUCCGCCGCGAGCUGACCGACUGAUGGUUUCACCGGAACUUCAGCCUGUGCGGCUGUCACACUUUUAAAUAAGGGUUCGGUCCAACAUGGCGACAGACGGAUGGAAAUACUGAUGACAGUCCGAAAGAUCGCCUCGAUUUGUACGAUGGGCGCCAAUGCCUCUGCUUUGGAGAAGGAGAUUGGACCGGAACAGUUCCCUGUUAAUGAACACUACUUUGGGCUGGUCAAUUUUGGCAACACCUGCUACUGUAACUCAGUGCUGCAGGCCCUGUACUUUUGCCGGCCCUUCCGGGAGAAAGUGCUGGCCUAUAAGAUCCAGCCAAGACGGAAAGAGAGCCUGCUCACCUGCCUGGCUGACCUCUUCAACAGCAUUGCAACUCAGAAGAAGAAAGUGGGAGUCAUUCCACCAAAGAAGUUCAUCUCCAGGUUGAGGAAGGAAAAUGAGCUGUUUGACAACUACAUGCAGCAAGAUGCACACGAAUUCCUCAACUACUUGCUCAACACCAUUGCAGACCUGCUACAGGAGGAAAAGAGCCAGGAGAGACAGCAGAAUGGAAAGGUAGUACAGAAUGGUGGAAGUGUAAGUGGAGGAGGAGGUGGAAGCGGUAGCAGCACAGGAGAGGGUGAAACGGAGGAAAAGACCCAGCAGACAUGGGUGCACGAGAUCUUCCAAGGCACACUGACCAAUGAGACGCGGUGCCUGAACUGUGAAGCGGUGAGCAGUAAAGAUGAAGACUUCCUAGACCUUUCAGUGGAUGUGGAGCAGAAUACCUCCAUCACACACUGUCUUAGGGGCUUCAGCAACACAGAGACCUUAUGUAGUGAAUACAAGUACUACUGUGAGCAAUGCAGAAGUAAACAGGAGGCUCAGAAAAGGAUGCGGGUGAAGAAAUUACCCAUGAUCCUUGCCCUGCACCUAAAGCGCUUUAAGUAUAUGGACCAGAUACAUCGCUUUACCAAGCUCUCUUAUCGUGUAGUCUUCCCUCUGGAGCUGAGGCUCUUUAACACCUCUGGUGAUGCUACCAACCCUGAUCGAUUGUACGACCUGGUGGCUGUAGUGGUGCACUGUGGGAGUGGUCCAAAUCGAGGUCAUUAUAUCACUAUAGUGAAGAGUCAUGGCUUCUGGCUUCUGUUUGAUGAUGACAUUGUAGAGAAAAUAGACGCCCAAGCAAUCGAGGAAUUCUAUGGUCUGACAUCGGACAUCUCCAAAAACUCUGAGUCAGGGUAUAUACUCUUCUACCAGUCUAGAGACUGAGCCGGAAAGAGUGACUGAAAGAAUGGGAGGGUGUGAUCUGUGAGGGUCCGGAUCAGGCAGAUAGGGAGGCUUGGGAUUUGUUGACACAGCUCGCCCCCUGCUCCAUCCCCUCUCAGUCAAGUCCCUUUUCAUCCAGGCUUAUCAGUGGAGCUUCAGUCAGGCCUCAGACAGGAGCAGUUGAUACCAGAGUGACCUGGACACAGCACAGUAAUCACCAGGCAGAAGAAAUCGCCGUCUGGUUCACUUGCCUGCUUUGUGUUGCUCAGCACACACAAAAUCGCACAUACACAUGUGAAAUGAGCUACACCUAUGUCUUGAUGGCCUGAGAAUGGACAAUGUACAAAAAAAAAAAUUUCCCCACCACACACAGUCACAAGGUUCAUUUUGAUAAUCUGGUUCACUUCACAUUCGCUGGGCGGUGUGUCAUGAUUUGUGUUUUGGCUCAAUAUCACGAUCAGUCCAGAAGGUCGCACGGCGGUUAUUCACCCUCAGAUGUUGAUCUGCAGUGUCAAACAUGACACAUCAUGCUAUGUCCAUGUCAACCAGCUAGUUAUAAAUAUGUUGAAUGCAGAACCAGUGGCUCAUGUUGUCAUUGUAGUAGAGCUGCUCCACCUGAAUGGAUGAAACUGACCAGGUUUUAAUUAGCUUGAAGGGGAUGAGCAUUUAUUUUUUGUGUCGAGCACCUGACAGGUGAUUUUAUGUAGGGCCUGUGGAUUGAUGGGUGCUCUGCUUUUUUUAUGCAGAGAGGAUUGUGGAUACCAGAGUAGUGCUUGUAUAACAGAUGUAGCUUGGCUUAAGAAUGCUCUAUCAGUAUUCAAUGAAUGUAAAACAUUCUGCCAGUUCUUGUGCACUGCAAGUGAGUGUACAGCUUGAUUGUGUCAUAUAGUGCACACUUAGUAGUGCACUAAUUGUAAAGCGUAACAGAUGGAGAUAGAAAUUAGGGCUUUAUAUUAUUCUGAAUAGAAGUUGUAUUGAAACCAAAAGCUGCACACAUUUCCAGUCAUGUUUCAUGAACACUGUGCCGCUGUGAGAUUGUCUGAAAUGAAUGUGGACUCAUUCAGUUUAGCCAUUAAACAGUAGAAAUGUUGGAUAAUUCUAACAUAA